AUACUUUAAAAGGCUAUGCAUUCACGUCAAUACUCACUGAAGUAUAAUUUGGGCUCAAGCGUGCAACAAAGGUAUUUUCUUUUUUUUUCAGCCACCUAUGCUGCUGCUGUUCUUUUCCGAAUUUCUGAGGACAAAAACUCAGACUAUAAGAAACGAGUAUCAGUGGAGCUCACGCACUCACUCUUCAAACACGACCCUACUUCUUGGGAGAUGGCACGCACCAUGAUGGAACCUGGCCUUCCAGAAGACGAGCUCGAUGGUUAUGGCCUCGCAGGAUAUCAAGGAUACGGUGAUGGCAUGCAUAUGGAUGUUAUGCCUCUAGAAGCAGAAAUGCCAGAGGAUUUUGGGCCAGGCAUGGGUUACUCCAUGGCCAGAGCCUACCCUGAUUACUAACAGCCCGAUGAUGAAUUGAGCUCCACUGAAAGAGGGCUAUGAAAAAUACAAGAGACAGAAGCUCUUAGCAGAGGUUUUUUUUUUUCCAUCACUGGGUGCCUGUGGUCCAUUCCUCAGUAAACACACACUGACACUGCUGUAAUAUAUGCAAUUCUCACUGUGCUGGGAGAGGCAGAAUCCAGCACAACUAUAAGCUGCCUUUAUACAAGGAUGACAGCAUGUUGCAUUUUAAACGUCUUUUUGUAGAAAAUAUUCUAUUUUAGCAUUUCUUAUGGGUGCAUUAAUACAUUGUUGGUAAGAGGACUGGUUAAUUAUGCCAAAGAGAUUUUAUUAUAAUAUUUUAUAAUGAUAAUCACAUUGCUUUUUAGAUUUUGGAAAAUGCGAUCAAUGAUUUAGGCUUGUGAUCUCACAAUAACUGACCCGAAGUCAGCUUAAUAGCUUCGUUCACUGUGGUUUUAGUCAGACGGGUGGUCAGAGCUGAUCUGUAAUCAUUUUUAAUGAGUGGAAAUGUCUGGCAUGUUGAUUUCCUACAGCGCUUAGAACUCAAUACAGUGCAUCUCCAUGUUUCUUCCCUUACCGAGACUGUCAAAUACUGGAGUUCUUACAUGGAAUCUUUUUCCCCUCCAUAUAUUUGUUUUGCUGAAGUUGUCUUAAUGUGUAGACGAGGAAAUACGGAUUUUGUUUUUGAAUUGCAAUGUGUAUGGAGAUUUUUUAUUUGCGUGAUAAAUGUUGUGCUGAUUGAAAGGGACUAAUGUUUAACCAAACAAUAAAACCUUAAAAGUUUUAAAAAUUAGCUUCACAUUUGUUCAAAUAUUAACUCGUAAGAGGCAAGCUGAACAAAGGGAUUCUUUGUAGCAUUUUUACUUCACUUUGCCCAAAAAAAUCUAAAUAAAAUCAUGUUAUCUAA